UGACUGAGCGGAGAAUCAGUUCUUGUCUCCAGAGUCAUAGUCCAACACUCCAACCACUAUGCCACACCACAAAAUAAUUAAAUAAUAAUAGGCUUUUCAUGAUCCAUUGCACUGCACUGCAAACAUGUGGUGGGAGUAAAGGAAGGAGUCUUCAUCCUGCCUUAGUGGUACAGUUCUGGCAGAAGCUUUCUAACAUGAAAACUAGCUUUCAUAACUGCACUAGGUUGGCUUGCUGUGGCUUUGAGGACACAAGAGAAUUCUUACCUUUUUUUUUAAAUUAAAAAAAACCCUACUGGCUCAUGCUAUUUUUAUCUUGAGAAGAAUAAGAUAAACCUUUGAGGAAGUGAGUACUGAUGACGGCUGUGGUGCUAUUUAUUUUGUAAGUUAUAUUUUUGGUAGAUAACAAAGCAUGUACAACAUUUGACUGGAUCACAUUGGAGAACUUUCCUGUUUUGUACGUUCUCUCACGUACGUGACUGAAGUUGCAAGGUGUCUCUUCAUUGCCAUUUGCAUUUACGACAGCACUUCCCAAGGACAAGACGCUUUUCUGUUUCAAAGGAAUGUCUAAAAUGCACACCACGUACACACACGCUACAGGGGCCAACCAGACCUCCCAGGGAAGUGAGUCCCACAGCCUGGGAACAACCACAGAGAAGGCCCUCUCACAAGUUCUUACCAACUACAAAGGCAAUUUAUCCUUGGCACACCACAAGCAGAUUGGUUCUCUUCAUGAUCAGACUGGCUUUCUUCAUGAUCUCACUGUUGUCAAAGGGGAUUCCAGCCCUGUGGUAUCCUAAAACCCUGCCCUGCACUGUGACUAAUGCCACCCCAAGUUAUGUGAUAGUGGAUUGUAGUGAGCAGCACCUCACAGAAUUCCCAGAAGGCAUUCCUAAUGAAGUCACCAACCUGUCACUUACCAUUAAUCACAUCAAAAACAUUGUCCCAAGUAACUUUGAGAAACUUAAGCACCUUAUGGAGAUAGAUUUCAGGUGUAAUUGCUUACCUCCAAUGUUGGGGCCUAAGGAUCUUGUGUGUACCAGGAAGCUACAAAUUGAAACUCAGAGCUUUGCUAACCUCUUCAGCUUGACAUCACUCUACUUGGAUGGAAAUCAGCUCUCUGCAAUACCCCGGGGUCUACCUCAUAAUUUACGUCUUCUGAGUCUUGAAGUAAACAUCAUUUUUUCCAUCCACAAAGAAGACUUGAUCGAACUUGGGAACCUGGAAAGUCUCUUCCUAGGGAAAAACUGUUACUACCGCAAUCCUUGCAAUACUUCUUUUUUUAUUAACGAAACAGCCUUUCAAGCCCUUACGUCAUUAAAAGUACUAUCUUUGAAAGCUAAUAAUAUAUCGAGUGUCCCAAAGAAUUUGCCGUCCACUUUAACAGAAUUGCACCUUUACAAUAAUGUCAUUCGCAAUAUCAGCGAGUAUGAUCUAAGUGGCCUUCACAACUUGGAAAAGCUUGACUUAAGUGGCAAUUGCCCUCGAUGUCACAAUGCUCCAUAUCAUUGCACAGAAUGCCCCAACAAGAUGAGUAUUGCAAUCCAUCCCAAAGCUUUUGAUUCACUGGGGCAGUUAAAAGUCCUACGGCUGCACAGCACCUCCCUUAGAACAGUGAACAGUAGGUGGUUCAAUCAAACUAAGAAACUGGAGGUGCUUGAUCUUUCUCAGAAUUACUUGGCCGAUGAAAUUGAGAAAUCCCACUUUCUGAACUAUCUUCCCAACCUUGUUGACCUGGAUCUGUCUUUUAAUUUCAAACUGGGAUCGUACCGUCCACAUUUGAAACUCUCAAAGAUAUUUUCUAAACUUCAUAAUCUUCAGACUUUAAGACUCAGGGGGUUUGUUUUCAAAGAACUAGAUCAAAACACAAUACAGAAUUUGGUGUCACUUAAAAAUCUGAGUGUGUUGGAUUUUGGAACUAAUUUUAUUAGGAAUGUUGACCUUACUAUGUUUAAAAAGUUCCCAGCUCUUAAAGUUGUAAGCCUUUCCUUCAAUAAAAUAUCUCUCUUUGCAAAUAAUUCCAAUGGUAGAUUUUGUUCUGUCCCUGAACCUUCAGCAGAUCAAUACGAUGGCUCUUUGCUUCAAGAUAUGCAGUAUUUCAUGUAUGAUGAAUAUGGUCGAAGUUGCAAAUCUAAAGACAAAGAGGUUACUUAUACUUUCCCUUUUGUCACUGAAGCUUCUUGCAGAAACUAUGGCGAAACACUGGAUUUAAGCAGAAACAACAUAUUUUAUAUCACUCGCUCUGAUUUCCAGCAACUCACUUACCUUAAGUGCCUCAACUUGUCCAGUAACGCUAUGAGCCAAGCUUUGAAUGGAAGUGAAUUCAAAUAUCUAUCAGGUUUGAAAUACCUGGAUUUUUCUAACAACCGGAUUGAUUUGGUAUAUCCAAAUGCUUUUCAGUGGCUGAAAGAACUGGAGAUUCUAAACCUUAGUGAUAACAGUCAUUAUUUUAAGGCAGAAGGCAUCACUCAUUUGUUCAGUUUUACCAAACAUUUGGUGAAAUUGACAACACUGAUCAUGAAUGGGAAUGAGAUUUCUACAUCAACUGAUAAAGGAAUGGCAAGCCAUUCACUAAAAAUACUGGAAUUUAGAAGGAAUCGUUUAGAUAUUUUAUGGAGAGAUGGAACUCCUGAUCACUAUUCAUUCUUUAAGAACUUGACCAAGCUGGAGAAGCUUGACAUUUCUGAGAACUCUCUGGAUUCUAUACCUCCUGAUGUAUUUGAUGGACUGCCUCCAAAGCUCAAAGAGCUGAGAUUGGCCAAUAACAACAUGAAAACUUUUAAAUGGGACAAACUUCUGGUUUUGGAAAAGCUGGAAGUCUUGGAUCUUAGCAACAACCUACUGACUACUGUCCCUCGUGAACUGUCCAACUGCUCAAAGACUCUUCAAAAAUUCCUACUGCAAAACAACAGGAUCAAAAAACUGACUGAUAACUUUCUUCAAGAUGCCUUUCCUCUGAAAUAUUUAGAUCUCAGUUUUAACAAGAUCAAAACCCUCAGAAAGUCUAGCUUCCCAAAGAAUGUUAUUAACAAUUUGGACACACUAGUUCUAAAUGGCAACCCAUUCAAAUGUAAUUGUGAUCUUGUGUGGUUUGCCUGGUGGAUCAACCAGACAAGUGUGACUAUUCCUCUCCUGGCAACAGAUGUGACUUGUGCAGGCCCCGGUGCAUGGAAAGGUAAAAGUGUAGUUUACUUAGAUUUGGAGACCUGUGAAAUAGACUUGUCCCAGAUCUUGUACUUAGCAUCUGUCACAGCCAUCAUGUUUCUGAUGAUCAUCACUAUGAUAGGCCAUCUAUAUUUCUGGGAUAUGUGGUAUUUCUACCAUUUCUUUAUUGCUAGUUUAAAAGGAUAUAAACGUCUGUUUUCAUCUGAUGUUGUAUAUGAUGCUUUUGUUGCUUACGAUAAGAAAGAUGUAGCUGUGUCUGAAUGGGUCCUAAAAGAACUAGUUGAAAAACUGGAAGAUAAGAGAGAGAAACAAUUCAAUUUAUGCUUGGAAGAAAGGGACUGGCUACCAGGAGAGCCAGUUCUGACAAACCUGUCUGAGAGUAUACAAAUGAGCAGAAAAACCAUAUUUGUACUAACAAACAGGUACAUUGCAAGUGGAAACUUCCGGAUAGCCUUUUACAUGGCACACCAACGACUCAUGGAUGAAAAGGUUGAUGUCAUCAUCUUGAUAUUCCUUGAGAAGGUUUUGCAAAUGUCAAAGUGUCUGCGCCUACGGAAGAUACUGUGCAGUCGUUCUGUCCUUGAAUGGCCAACCAAUCCUCAAUCUCAGUGUUAUUUCUGGCAUUGCCUGAGAAAUUCAUUAACAGCAAACCAUGAUAUGAGCUAUAGCAAGCUUUUUAAAGAAAUGGUAUAGCUUGGUCACAUUCUAGGCAAAGGUUUGGUAAGCUAAGCCAUACUGAAGGAACAGAAUCUCACUUUCUGUGCUGAAGAGGUUUUAAAGCAUGGGCGGAGCUGCAGAAAUGACUUAUAGCAAUUCAUAAGCCAUUGAACAAUUCUCCUAUGGAGCCACGCAUUCUACUUUCUAGAAAGCUGCCCUCUGCUUGAAGGAUUGCUUGGUCAAGCUUGAAGAUAAAACACACUAAGAAGGGAGCGUAGAAUACCCAUCAACAAUUGGCUUCUUAACAGCGGGCACAAAGGCUACUUGGUCACUCACAAUCUUACCUGCGUGAGAGGUAUUAUAUUUCUUCUUAAAUCAGAUUUAUGCUUCACAGGGCUAUGGGAGGGGAAUUGGACUACAGCUCUCCUGCUGGCUGGUGGAUCUUGGGAGUCCCCUCCCACUUCUAACAUUUUAUGCACACAUACAAAUUAGAGGUAUAUGUAAACCUGUGUCCUCCAAUGUCCUUUUUGUGUGUAUGAUGCAUUUCAUUUGCAUGGUGUUGGGUUUGGCCUUUUUGUGUUGUGUUAGAGUACUGACAGAUUAAGUUUAUUUGAAAAGUUUUGCAAAGGAGAUCCAACUAAUCAGCUCCUCUAUUGCUCUGCUUAAAAAUGUAGUUGUGGGCCUCUGCUUGUAUUAUCACCAAGAAAUAAGAUGAUGCUCUGUAGAGGCUGAAUAUAAUCUGUAGAGUAAUGCCAAAAUCAAGCGAAAUCAACUCCCCGCCACCCUCCAAAACUAACACCUUUGGCUAUUUCCUUGAAAUAGAGUAAUUGACUUAUUAGAGAGCAGAAAUUGUGUAGUCACUGGCCUAAUCUAAUGGCAUGUUAGUGAGAUGUCAUCUUCUCCAUCUUGCAAGGCUCCACAGCACUUGAAAUUUAGGAGGGAAGGGAUCAAUCCACUACAUGCCGGUUUGGGGAUUUAAACAAAGACUACAGAGAGAGGUGGUCUAUUCAUCUUUCACUUCUGGUGCUGGGAAAGAAGAUCUACUGGUAAAGCAACUCCACUGCACCUUGGCAUCCAUCGGUUCAGAUUUCCUCUAUACAUGCAGUUGGUAACAUUAGGCAUUGUCAAAUCAAUACAUCUUGGUUCUAGCCCCUUGGUUCCAAAGCACUUUCUGAUUUGUAGCACUGUUCUAUCUUACAAAGUUGUUCAGAUCAUUUAAAUGAAGUACUUCUAUGUAUGUAGCAUGAAAGUAUAGGUUGGAAUAAUCAUAAUGGGAUGUUUAAAAAUAUCUAAAACAACUUGAAGAGCUAUAAGGAGUUCAUAGAAACAAAAUAGACAUAAAAUAUUAGAUAAAGAGUUGAAUACAUAGAGAAAAGAAAGAUAAACCUUUUUCUUAGUAAUAAGAUAAAAUUAAGGGUAAGGUGGAGAGAAUAGAUGAAACUCAAUUAGUAAUAUGAUUAAGAUUUUAUAUAUAUAUAUAUAUAUAUAUAUGCUGUAUAUAUGUAUGAGAAGGUGUACGUAUUUGUGGAAAUCAAAAUAUAACCAAUCUAGCCUUUAGCAGCUUCAUUUACGGAUGAGAAGGAUUAUAGGUUUGGAAUAAUGUAUAUAUUAUAGAAAUGACUUAAAACAAUAUGUAAAAUCAUAAUGAUGUUGAUCAGUGAAGAUGUUAUAAUUGGACAUAAUGUAAAUGAGAAAGUUUUGUUUUAAGGUAAUUUUAUAAUAAAAAAAUAUUUAAGAAAAAAUAUCUAAAACCAGAAUCAACUCACUUUGCUAUUGUUUUAUAGCAGUGAAGUCCAAAGUGUGGUGCAUGUGGCCCCCAGGGGUCAAAAUGCACCCAGAAUGCUCCCCAAAUGCCAUCCAGAGGGGGAGCAUUGCCAGCAUUUUAGGACCAGGAGAGGCAUUUGGGAGGGAACAGCUAGUGACUUCAAGUCACUUACUCUUGUUUUAAAAAUGUCUCUCCUGAGCCUAAAACAACCCUUAGAUCACUUCCUGUUGCAAACAAGGAACAGGACCUUAACUCCCUUGGACCAAAAAUGGCCUGUGGCUUACCUACUGUUGCCCCCCAAAAAUUUUUCUUCUGGCCUAAGUGAACUGGAGCCCCCAAACAAGGCAAAAAUGUGCCCACCCUUUAGAGCAGUGGUUCCCAACCUUCCUAAUGCCACAACCCUUUAAUACAGUUCCUCAUGUUGUUGUGACCCAUACCCAUGAAAUUAUUUUCAUUGCUACUUCAUAUCUGUAAUUAAAUAGAUG